AUGGAUGUUCGCAACCAUCCUCGGGAACGUGUCUUCUCGAUUCUGAACGACAACGAUUGUCCCUCAUUCGUCAUCCGCCAACGCGAGUCAUCUUCACCGAAAUCCGCUGCACCUGCCAAAGCGAUUCAUCAAGAAAGGCCUUCACUUUACCGCUACGCACAAUAUACACGCACAUCGUCCUUCUCAUCCACAGCAUCGACCCCUCCACUCUUGCGCUUCGAUAGCUCAUCGUCUAAAUCCUCAGAGAGUAGCAUGGACUCAUCGCCUUCCCCAAUUACGCCUGCGUAUCAGUUCGGUGAUCCCAAUGCCCUUGGCUACGACAAUGUCCUCCGGCAAGAUCUGACCGGCUACAUCCCCUCCCCAUCCACUAUCACGCCGUUCAUGGAGAGCCAGCUCAUGAUCGCACCUUCUUUGUCCGAUCCCUUCAAUCAGAAGGCCCUGCUCCCGCAAGCUCCGAGUCAAUACCCGAUACUCCCAGCGCCCACGCACCAGGAUAUUGCACAACUACCCACGCCCGUCUCAUCAAACAACUCUGCUUCUGCAUCUGUAGCAAAAACAUCACCUGUCACUUCAGCAGCGGCGCCACCCACGGGAAAGAAGAACAAAUACCCGUGUCCAUACGCUCAAUCGCAUAGUUGUUCGGCUACUUUCACGACCUCCGGGCAUGCUGCCCGUCAUGGGAAGAAGCAUACUGGAGAGAAGGGAGUUCACUGCCCAAUAUGUAACAAAGCAUUCACCCGAAAAGACAACAUGAAACAGCACGAGCGUACACACAAGAAUCACGCGGGAAGCGGCAGCGACAACCCUCGCCGAUCUAAGGCCGCGGCCUCGCGAGAUGUUCAGCGAAGUAAGCAGAUGAAGAAGGAAGACUCGGAGGAUACCGCUUCUUCAGAUCCGACCACGUCGAGCUCCUCAAAUUUCAAAAGGUCGCCCAUUUCCGACCAGACCUCCAUCGAGUCGACCGGCCCUGAGCUGCCACUUCUGAUGCCAGACACCGCGUUCUUCACCGAGACCAACCCAAUGUUGCUUCCUCAGCAACCUCUGCCGACCGUGUUUUCGGCAGAUUCCAUCUAUCCAGCGCUCACGGACGAUAGCCUCACAAUCAAUAACACUCUGCCGUCGGCACUUGAUUCGAGACUGGCACCACUCGGCUCCGGGAAUGUGCCCAUGCCUCCGAGCCUGAUCCGUGGCUUCUCAGAUCUCGACACACUCGCCCAGGCGGCCGAGAGCUUCGAUCCCUCCUACCAGCAAACCAUUCAACCUCUAUGA